UAUUAACGAUUAAUCGGUUAGCCAGUUAGUGUCUUUUCGGAUAGCUUAAUUUUACUUCAGUUAACAUCUAACUGUUAUUGCGAUAACAUCAGUGACUCUAAUAAAUAGUUUACAGUGGUUAACCUUGACGCAGUAAAAAUAAUCAAGUUGUUUAGACCAUUUCAACUCGUCGAAGUUUGUUAAUAAGUACGCCAUUUAUAAAGCAUUUUUUUUUUUCAGAAAAUGGAACGUCAGACGUUUCUGGUAUUGGCAUCAAUAUUAGCGUGCUCCGCAGGCUACCCUGUAAAACCGUAUCAUAAACACUCAUUCGAGCUCGUAUGUAGGGCGGAUUGGGGCGCCAAUCCUUCGGGCCCUGUCACCAUGCUGGAGGAGCCCGCCUCCUACGUGGUCAUCCACCACACCUAUCAGCCCGGAGUGUGCAAAACCCGGGACAGCUGCGUCAACGCCAUGCAGGACAUGCAACAGUUCCACCAGAACGGCAACGGAUGGUCCGACAUCGGUUACAACUUCGCGAUAGGCGGAGAAGGGCGUGUGUACGAAGGUCGCGGCUGGGACGUGGUGGGCGCUCACGCGGUUGGCUACAACUCCAGAAGCGUUGGCAUCGCAAUCAUCGGUGAUUGGAGAAGUGAAACCCCGUCAAAAGCUUCAUUGAAAGCCGUUAGGGCUUUGAUCGAAACCGGAGUGAAACUUGGCUACAUCGAGCCCACAUACACCCUGAUGGGGCAUAGACAAGCAUCUUCCACCGAAUGUCCAGGAGAUGCACUCUUCAACGAAAUCUCUACCUGGCCACGAUUUAGAAAGGCAUAGAGAUUGACUUCGACAAAUUUUUCAACAAAACAAACAACAGGCUGUGAUAACAAGUGCAAUAUUAUUCUUAAGAUAACAGUUAGAUAAAGGAUUAAUUGUGUUGGACCGUACCGCAUCCCGUAUUUUUCUGUUUUUAUUUAUUCUGGCCUGGAUACUACUUUCUUAAACCAUACAUACCAAUACUGUAGCAUUGAUAUUUCCCCAAAAAAACUAACCAAGUCUAUAAAUGAUCCCUGAAAUUCUCUUAACUUAAAAUUUUAGGGUAAGUUGAGUUUUCCCAGGGUCUAUUGAUACCCCUAAAAUCUCUUCCCACUUAUUUUUCCCCUAAAUCUGGGGAAAAUCACUA